AUGAUUCACAAUGGUGCAUCUACUUUUUUCUGGUACGACAACUGGAUCGGUGGUUGGGCCCCUAAAGACAUCUCGCCUGAUCUCUUCAACAUCUGCCAGACAUCCUGGAUUACUAUCAGGCAACUCUAUUUGAAUAUUUCUAAUCUUGAGUCUUUCUUCCUUGAGGCCUCUCCUGAUGAUUUCAUUUCCCUUAUUCAAUCUAUUCCCAAUUGUUCCUCGUCCGAGGAGGAUACGAACAUUUGGACUUUAGAUCGUAAUCACACCUUCUCGGUUCGCUCAUUUUAUAAAUUCCUUGUUGAUGGUGGGUUGCGAACCCCACUUUAUCCGUCUUUCUGGAAAGUGGAAUGCCCCAGCAAAGUUACACUUUUCUGUUGGUUGGCUAAUGAUAACAAAAUUUCAACUUUAUCUAAUCUGGGUAAGAAAGGUUGCAACUUCCAGAAUGCAACAUAUACCUGUGUUAUGUGUUAUAAAAAUUCAGAAACUGUUGAUCAUCUUUUGAUUCACUGUGACUUUGCUUCCCGAAUUUGGGCGUAUUACCUGAACGUUCUUAAUUCGCAUUCGAGUCCAAACUCGCUCGAUCAAGUGUGGUUGUCUUGGAUUCCUUCCCUGGAUGCGUCCCGACGCCCUUUAUGGGAUCUUCUUACUAGGGCAAUUCUCUGGAAUAUCCGGUUGGAAAGGAAUAGAAGAGUUUUCAAUCUUACCUUUCUCCCUAUUUCAUCAGUGAUUUUUAAAAUUUCUAAUAUGCUUAUCGAUUGGUGUUCUGCAGCUAGGGACUCGACUCAGCAAAUUUCCAGCGAUAACCUUCAGUCUGUCAAGCGCUCUCUCGACUUCAUGAGCGUCAGAUCAGCGGAUCUCGCGAGCAGUUCGAUCUUUCCACGACUCGGAGUGACCCUCCUGACGGACCUGAGCUGA